AUACCUCUUGAAAUCCGUGAUCGUUUGGGAAUACUGGACAAAUUUAGCCCCAUUCAAGCUUUAUUAGAAAGAUGUUUCUACAGAGAAAGUGAGUGGUGUGUGUGUGUGUGUGUGUGUGUGUGUGUGUGUGUGUGUGUGUGUGUGUGUGUGUGUGUGUGAAUGAGUUAGUGUGUUUGCUGGCACACUUGUGAUGAUGUCAGAGCAGCACUCAGGUGUGUGUGAAGUCGGCUGCAGUACUGUGACGGACAGGUGGCCUGACCAAUCAGCUGUGAUGUCUGUUCAAGUGAGGCCUCUGGACACACCCAGGACUCCCACUGAGAGGCUGGAUGAGGUUACCAUUGGCAACACUGAGGAAAUUAUAGAGAAUAAACAUCGAGAUGCUGGAACUUACUUCAACAUCAACAACAAUAACAAUGAAGAAGAGGAAAAAAAGAAAAUGAAGAAAGAAAAGAAGAAGAAAGAGAAGAAAGAGAAAAAAGAGAAGAAAGAGAAAAAGGAAAAGAUGGAGAAGAAAAAAGAGACAGAAGAGAAGGAGAAAGAGAAGCCCAAAGAAAAGAAAGAAGAAAAGAAAGAAGAACCAAAGGAGAUUUCUGUUGUAGAUCCAGCUGGAAACAUGUACUACAACUGGCUGUUUGUGAUCACAUGUCCUGUGAUGUAUAACUGGAUUCUCAUCAUAGCCAGAGCGUGUUUUGAGGAAUUGCAGGGAGAUUAUUUGAUAUACUGGUUCAUUCUGGAUUAUGUAUCUGAUAUGGUGUAUCUGGCCGACAUGCUGUUCAGGACCAGAACAGGAUAUCUGGAGCAGGGUCUCUUAGUAAAAGAUGAGAAGAAGCUUCGAGAUCGCUAUAUGCAGAGUGUGCAGUUCAAACUGGACCUGGCCUCCAUGGUCCCAACGGACAUUUUCUACUUGUUCUUUGGCUUGAACUACCCUGAGAUUCGCAUGAAUAAGCUGUUAAGAGUCAAUCGCUUGUUUGAGUUUUUCCAGCGCACAGAAACACGGACCAACUUUCCCAACGUGUUCCGAAUCUCCAACCUCGUCAUGUACAUUGUGAUCAUCAUUCACUGGAACGCCUGCAUGUAUUACUCAUUUUCCAAGGCCAUUGGCUUUGGAGCGGAUGCCUUUGUGUACCCAGACACCUCGGACCCUGAGUUUGGCCGGUUAGUGAGAAAGUAUGCUUACAGUAUGUACUGGUCUACCCUGACGCUCACCACCAUCGGAGAGACUCCUCCGCCUGUCCAAAACUCUGAAUACUUCUUUGUGGUGACUGACUUCCUGGUUGGCGUGUUGAUAUUCGCCACCAUCGUUGGAAAUGUGGGUUCCAUGAUCACGAACGCAAAUGCGGCUCGAGCGGAUUUCCAGUCUCGCAUCGAUGCUAUUAAGCAGUACAUGAGCUUUCGAAAGGUCACCAAGGACCUGGAGAAACGGGUUAUCAAAUGGUUCGAUUACUUGUGGACCAAUAAGAAAGCAGUAGACGAGAGAGAGGUACUCAAGUUCCUGCCUGACAAGCUGAGAGCGGAGAUUGCUAUAAACGUCCACCUGGACACUCUGAAAAAGGUUCGGAUAUUUGCAGACUGCGAGGCUGGACUGUUGGUCGAGCUGGUAUUGAAGCUGCAGCCCCAGGUGUACAGCCCGGGCGACUACAUCUGCAAGAAGGGUGACAUCGGCCGUGAGAUGUACAUCAUCAAAGAAGGAAAACUCGCCGUGGUGGCUGAUGAUGGAGUCACGCAGUUUGUUGUCCUUAGCGAUGGCAGUUACUUUGGAGAGAUCAGCAUCCUCAACAUUAAAGGCAGUAAGGCAGGAAAUCGCAGAACCGCCAACAUCCGCAGCAUUGGCUAUUCAGACCUAUUCUGUCUUUCCAAAGAUGACCUAAUGGAGGCGCUGACCGAAUAUCCAGAUGCGAAAGCCAUGCUGGAGGAAAAAGGACGACAGAUCCUUAUGAAGGACAAUCUGCUGGAUUUGGAGUUGGCCAAGCAGGGGCCCGACCCCAAAGACAUGGAGGAGAAGGUUAUCAAGAUCGGCAGCGUGCUGGAUGAACUGCAGCUGCGCUUUGCUCGCCUGCUAGCUGAACAUGAGGCUGCACAGGGGAAACUCAAGAAGCGUGUCACUAAAUUAGAAAAGAAGAUUACAGCAUCUGGCGGAGUGGAACCAGAACCAGCGAUUCCAGAGAAGAAAGACGAGGAGCCAGAGGAAAAGAAAGAUGCUGACAAACCAGAGGAGAAGUAGAAGUUUUAGGAGUUUGAAAAGAAGCCUUGUGUAUCUGUGGUCCUCCUUUAUAGGGAAGAGGGCGUGACUGGAUUUGUGUGGAUCUGCUCCUGCCCAAGAGCAGGUUUACCCAAUGCUGUCAGUCAACCACGGCAAUCCCUGUUGAAAAGACCAGCUUGGCCAGUCACCAGCAUAAGCUGUGUUUUAGAUGCUGAUCUUCAACAUGGGAUGCUGGUGUGCAGAUUCAUAACUAGCUUAACCAGCAAGACUUCUGUGGUCAACCAGCCUCUCCAGUUACGUUUUUCUGGUGAACACCAUAGAUCUAGACCAGCAUAAACUAGCCUUGGACUGCACUGAAAGUCAUACUGGUGUAAGCUGGUCUUUUCAACGGGGAUGUGUGUUUGAACCGAAACAGAAUGAAGAAGAAACCUGCUGAUGUUUGUUUCGUUCAUUCCUCUACCUACAACAGGUAGAAUGCAAAUGUAACAUAUUAUACAGGGCAGUGUUGUAGUACUCGAGUCCAGGACGAUAUUGAUGACUUGUGACUCGUCUCAAACUUCUCGAAUGUCUCGAAAACUAAUGACUUGGACUUGGACUCAAGCAUUGGGCACAUUCUGACUUGGAGGAGAGGACUUGUUACCACCGUUAACAUUUGCAUUCUGCCCUUUUAUGGCAUGAGAUCACAUGAAUGUCAUGCCAUGUACCAGUUGCGCGAGCGCAAAUCUCUGUGCUCGCACCCGGAUUUCCUCUGCUUUCACUCAAAACUGGACGCGUAUUGCUCUCAAAUCUCCUUGCUCUCGUUCAGAGAGUGCGUGUGCCACUCAAAAGACGUCAUGUGUACUCGCAAAUCUAUUAUAACACAAAAUAACUCUGCCUUUGUUUAUUCAUACAAAUAUUUUAUUAAGUUCUCAAGUAAUUAUUCAAGACAAAGAAACAGUUAGUACUAAAAUAAGAAAAAAGAAACAAAUGAAGAAAACUGCUUAAAGCUUCUAAAAGCAAUAUCAAACAUUCAAGUAACAUUAAGAAAAAACUGGUAUUGUAAUUGUAUGUAUGGUUUCUUGUACAAUACAGAUCGAAAGGCUGAAUGUGUGUGUGUGUGUGUGUGCCAAUAAACUUAAAAUGGCAACAGAAUUGUGAUUUUUUGCAUAUUUUAUGACAAGGACUCGUAACUCAGACUUGUAUGAAGUUAUUGGUGACUUGGACUCGGACUUGAGCAGUGAGGACUCUGGCACAAUAUUGGUGACUCAGACUUGAACUUGAGAUCUAAUGACUUGACUACAACACUGGUAUCAAUCACUGGUAUCAAGGAAAUCAAAUUUGAGAAGAAAUCAGAUUUAUUUGUAGGUUAGUACUUACUUGUAUCAUGUUAUGGACAUGCUGCUGACAUUUAUAAUUUUUCAUUAUAAAUUAUAUGAGUCUUUCAUGAGAGAAUAUAAACAUAAAAUAAGAAAUUUUUUCCUUAGGUGUGUAUGAUCGGGAGCCUCUCAAAACCCUGUUCAACAUUAAUAUUUAGCAAGAAACAGUAAUAACAAUGCUACUGUAGAAAUGUCAUUAAACAGGCUGUUAAAUGUCAAAGAUUUCCUCAAUACAUUUUUGUGACCAGACACAUGUACAUGGCGUUUGUUCAUUUUAUUUCUUAUUUUAAGUCUUUUUCUUGUUUUAUUUUUGCUCAUGAUGUGCUGUAAGGUGAAAGGUGGGCAUGUCUCUGGGUGAUGAGUCAGUUUGUUUGAGUGCUGAGAGGAGUUGUAGUUUUCAGAGGCGUUUCCUCUUAGCAAUCAGCCGUUAAGGACUACAUUUCCUAUCAUGCCCUGCAGCGCUGCCAUCUUGCGCAUGCACGCUGAUUCCAGAGCAGCUGGUCAUUGUGUGGAGUUUUCGCAGUCAUUUAUUUCCAGGGUUUUCAGUAAAGCGUAAAAAUGUGACGUGGUAGUGUAGGCAUUUUCCUGAUCCAGAAUUUGCAUAGGUCAUCGAUCAUGCGCACUAAAAGUGUAUGAGGAUAACCCACAUCACUAACGGUUGAACUGUUUUCUUUUUUGCUGCUAAUAGAAACAGAUGUUGAAAUUGAAUAUGUCAAUUUGUCAAAGUAGAUUAGUUCAAAAUCACACGCUAAAAUAUCACAAACUCGCGCCAUUUAAACCAUCUGAAUUCUUUGAAUACUUAAAGAUCUGCGGUUAUAGGGGUUUCGAGAGAUAUACUUGUCCCCACUGAAUUACAUGUGCAUCAAAUGCCUUUCUGUGUUUACAGGGGUUUCGACCAGUUUGCUGUCGCUGAUAUGAAAAGCCCACAGAAAGAAGUCACUAUAAUGCGCAUGUGCGCUGACCUGAAAGGCCACACCCUCGGAUACGCCCUGUGUGCGUCGCUGUACUGAAACCCCUGUACUUUAGUGAAUGCAGUUGAGUUUUCGUUUAUGUGAAUAAAGACAAAUUUGGAUCCUUUCGAAUAUUUUCAAAUUAUUAUAAAAUGAUUUAUUUAAAAGAAAAUGUAUUCUUACAUGAUCCAGAUAAUUGCAAGUAUUUAAUUAAUGUGAUGAGAACGGUUGAAUUCACAGAUCAUCAGAGAACUCACUGUGUUGAAAUUAAUGUUAAUGUUGUAUUAUGUGUUAAAUAUGUUGUAUUGUGUGUUAUAUUGAGUUUUAAUUAACAUGUUAUCUAUGUUUUAUAUUGUUUCACUGCUGUAUGUGUUUUGUGUUGUGGUUAUCUGUUGUUUUGUGUUGGUGUAUAUUGUGUUCUUUUAUUUGUCUUAUUUAUGUUUAUGUUGUUAGGGUUGUGUUCGUUAUUAUAUUUGUUGUUUUUGUUCUCAGUGUCUCAUUGUCAUGGAUCCAGUCUGGAGGCAGCAGGGUCAAGGUUGCAGUCGGGGUCAGGUCAGAGGUCAGAUCGCUGGUGAGCCCUUAGUGUUGCGUCCUCCUGGAGCUAUGAGGUUAGAGGAGCAUCAGAGGUGAAAGAUAACAAC